AUGGGUUACAUGAAAUUUUCCCAACAUCUCAAUUUGCUGGUAUUGGUAUUUGUCUCCCUUGGUAUGUUUACAAGCUCGAAGUGCAGCCACAUGAGGCCCAUUUUAAUCAACUUUGGUGAUUCAAAUUCAGACACUGGAGGGGUGCUGGCUGGCACUGGACUUCCAAUUGGCCUUCCCCACGGUCUCACAUUCUUCCACAGAGGCACCGGCCGGCUAGGCGACGGACGGCUUGUGAUUGAUUUCUUCUGUGAACACUUGAACCUGAGUUAUUUGAGCCCAUAUUUGGAUUCAUUGGCACCAAAUUUCACGAGUGGAGUAAACUUUGCAGUAGCUGGAGCAACCUUGCUCCCACAGUUUGUGCCUUUCGCACUAGAUGUUCAAGUUCGCCAGUUCAUUCGCUUCAAAAAUCGCUCACUUGAACUUCUAUCACUGGGUUGGAGAAAUUCAUUUGGUGAAGAUGGGUUCCGUAGUGCACUUUAUAUGAUUGACAUUGGACAGAAUGAUCUCUUGCUAGCCUUGUAUGCAUCAAACUUAACAUAUGCACCAGUUAUCGAAAAGAUCCCUUCAUUUCUUGCAGAAGUCAAAUUAGCCCUUCAAAAUAUAUAUCUUUAUGGUGGCAGAAAAUUUUGGAUACACAACACUGGACCAUUGGGUUGUGCCCCAAAAGAACUUGCAUUACAUCCCCAUAACAAUACUGAUCUCGAUCAAAUUGGAUGCCUUCAUGUCCAUAAUGAUGUUGCAAAAGCUUUUAAUGAAGGACUUCAAAAGGUCUGUAAAGAAAUGAGAUCGGUUUUUAAGGAUGCAACCAUUGUCUAUGUAGACAUAUACAAGAUCAAGUACAAUCUCUUUGCCAAGUACAAAAAAUAUGGUUUCGAGGAUCCAUUGAUGGCUUGUUGUGGUUAUGGUGGUCCUCCAAAUAAUUACAAUGUAAAAGCAACAUGCGGCCAGCCUGGUUACAUCAUCUGCAGAAAUAUAUCAGAGUCCAUAGUCUGGGAUGGAGUUCACUACACAGAAGCUGCCAAUCGUGCUGUUGCAACAAGUGUUUUAUCUAUGCAUUAUACCACACCACGAGUGCAGCUUGACCAAUUUUGGGCAGCCAACUAA